UUAGGGCCGCGGGGGGGUCGGGGGGAGGCAGUGUGGAAUUGGCAAAGCGUCAUUCGUGGAUGGUGAGCCAGAUCUCGGUCCAAAUGCAAAUGGAUUCGUGCUCUUUUAAAAUCACAGCUGUUCCCUCUCUGCCUCUUCACAUGAAUGCCACUGCUCAGGCAAAAGCCUUCUCCGUAGUUCCUGCUAUCCUAUUUUGCACCACCACCAUGCUUUUCAAGUCAGCUUGUCAUGUUUACUUGCCUGUUUUUGUGAAUUGCAGCUGCUGCAUGUGCGACAUCCCUUGGCUCUGAGUUCAUGGUUAUCUUCAUAUCAGUCUAUCCUUAUCUCGUUUAUUCUGAAAUUUUGUAAAUUUCAGAUUAUCCUAAUGUCACAAAAUCAAAAAUCGAGACCUGUUAUUGCUGGUAGGCCCCAGAUUUCAUCUGUGGUGAUAAAUGUUUGUUUUUUGCUGUCCACAACAGGGUUCUUACUAGAGGAUAUUUAAAAGAUGCUUUUGUUUUAUGCUUUUAUGUGCUUGGGGGUUGGGUCUUUUUUAAAUUAGCUCUCUAAAGCUCACAGGUGUUUCUUCAGUCUGUUGGAAGAAAGAGUUUCUGUCCCAGUGUCAGGACAGGAAUACAGAGUUUUUAAAAGGAGUGUUUCCAGUGCUAGUUUUUAAGCUCUUUUUAGUAUGUCUGUACUGGGAUUAUUUCAAUGCUGUGGAAUCUGCCUAAACCUGCACCUGAAAUGUAGCAUAGGCGGGAAAAUAAUUUCCGUGGCCCAGUGCUUAGUUCACAAUUAAUUUCCAGCUUUUCCAGGAAGGAGGAAUUUGCAGUGUGUUUUGUGUUAUUAGCCUCUGCUCUGUUUUUUUUUUCAGUGGUUUUGGUUCCUCAGAAAAAAAUUACCUUAACCUCAUUACUUACCUUUCAAUGCUCCAGUUUGGAAGGCUGCAGAAGAUGCUGCAUUGUAGCUCUGCAUUCUCACAAUGUGAUCUUUCCUCUCUCUUUCAUUAUCUAUUUUGCUUAUCAGUAAAACUAGUUAAUGGCAUUAGUAUUUAUUUUUCUCUUUGGCUAUUUGAGGAGAAUGAGACAGCUGGGACUUCUGAACAAUUGUUUCAAGCUUUAUACAUCUCGUGGACACAGAACUCUGUAUGCUUUCAGUUUUAUACAUAUUUCAGAGAUUAUCUUCAGUUUUGAGAGCUAGAGUCUUAAAAUUGAUUGGAAUUUAAAAACGGCAGGCUAGUCCUUUUAUGCCUUUGAAUUCUGCAUCAUUGACCCUCUGUGAAUUGGCAUAGCUUGAACGAGGCUGAAGGCAUUUUGGUCAUGAAACGCAUACGCACAGAACAGAUUCAGAUGGCAGUGUCCUGCUACCUCAAGCGCCGUCAGUAUGUGGACUCGGAAGGUCCCCUAAAACAAGGGCUGAGGCUGUGUCAGACUGCUGAAGAGAUGGCAGCUAAUCUCACAGUCCAAUCUGAGUCUGGUUGUGCCAACGUUGUGUCUGCAGCUCCCUGCCUGGCAGAGCCACAGCAAUAUGAAGUACAGUUUGGACGAUUACGCAAUUUUCUGACAGAUUCAGAUUCUCAGCACAGCCAUGAAGUGAUGCCUCUUCUAUAUCCCCUCUUCGUCUACCUCCAUCUGAACAUGGUCCAGAAUGGCCUAAAAAGCACAGUGGACAGUUUUUACAGCCGCUUCCAUGGCAUGUUCUUGCAGAAUGCCAGCCAGAAGGAUAUCAUUGAACAGUUGCAGACUACCAUGACUAUUCAAGAUAUCCUGUCCAACUUGAAGCUCCGGGCUUUUCUGGACAACAAAUACGUCAUCCGCCUUCAAGAGGACAGCUACAACUACCUUCUUCGCUACCUCCAAAGUGACAACAACAACGCCCUGUGCAAAGUCCUGACCUUGCACAUUCACCUGGAUGUGCAGCCUGCCAAGAGGACUGACUACCAGCUCUAUGCUGGUGGGAGCUCCUCACGCAACGAGAGCAACGGCCUGGAACCCAGCGACGUGCCAGCUUCCAUUCUGCAGAAUGAGGCAGCGCUGGAUUUACUGCAGGACAGCAUUAAACGUGUCAAGGACGGGCCCCCUUCCUUAACCACCAUCUGUUUCUAUGCCUUCUAUAACACGGAGCAGUUGCUGAACACUGCAGAGAUUUCACCAAAUAGCAAGCUGCUCGCUGCUGGGUUCGAUAAUUCAUGCGUGAAGCUUUGGAGCCUGCGCUCCAGGAAGUUGAAGUCUGAGCCCCACCUUGUUGAUGUGUCCCGCAUCCGUUUGGCUUGUGACAUCCUGGAUGAGGAGGAGGAAGAGGAUGACCAUGCAGGCACAGAAAUGAAGAUCCUGCGAGGACACUGUGGACCUGUGUAUAGCACAAGGUUCCUUUCAGACAGUUCAGGACUCUUAUCUUGUUCUGAGGACAUGUCCAUCAGAUACUGGGACCUCGGAAGUUUUACAAACACUGUGUUGUACCAAGGACAUGCCUAUCCCGUCUGGGACUUGGAUAUCAGCCCCUGCAGCCUGUACUUUGCCAGCGGUUCCCACGAUCGCACUGCAAGGCUCUGGUCGUUUGAUCGGACGUACCCGCUGCGAAUAUACGCGGGCCAUUUGGCGGACGUGGACUGCAUCAAGUUCCACCCCAAUUCCAACUACUUAGCGACGGGCUCCACGGACAAAACCGUGCGCCUGUGGAGCACUCAGCAGGGCAACUCGGUGCGGCUUUUCACCGGGCACCGGGGCCCUGUGCUGGCGCUCGCCUUUUCCCCCAAUGGGAAGUACCUGGCAUCGGCAGGUGAAGACCAGCGGCUGAAGCUGUGGGACUUGGCAUCAGGAACUCUUUACAAAGAACUGAGGGGGCACACAGACAACAUAACCAGCCUUACUUUUAGCCCUGACAGUAGUUUAAUUGCUUCAGCGUCGAUGGACAAUUCGGUUCGGGUCUGGGACAUUCGGAACACUUACUGCAACGCCCCUGCGGAUGGGUCUUCCAGUGAACUGGUUGGUGUAUAUACCGGACAGAUGAAUAACGUACUGAGCGUACAGUUUAUGGCCUGUAAUCUUCUUCUAGUGACUGGAAUUGCACAAGAAAAUCAGGAACAUUAAUUUUGCUUUUUGUCUUAGGGAAGUGGGUGGGUGUCUUGAAUGCCAGAGUCCAUUGCAAGCUGAGAUUACUGACUGUGAAACACUUCUCUUCCUCUGCCCCCUUGAAAGGCAUGUUCAGAGUGAUGCAAAUGCUUUAAGAUGUCACAAAAAUGCCUGUGCUGUUGAACAGAAUAAGGAAAAAAAGGAGGAUUGAUGAAAAUACAUAUACAUUCUACUUUUGUACUUGUAGGAAUGGGAAAAGGGGGAGUAAAUCCAGUAGCUUGGGGAAACUGAAAGCCUGGCCCAGACAAGUGAAACUGCCAACCAGAUAAACUGGUGACCUGCACUUAAAUAUCCUUCAUUGAUUGAUGGGCACAUCUUACCUACUGUUAAUUUGGCUUGAGUGUGUGGAGAACUACUGGCCAAGUGGUUUUUGUUUUGUUUUGCUUUUGCUUUCCUGGUAUUGCAGAGGACCAGCAUUUUUAAGACCCUUCUAUUAAAAGAACAUUACGUAUUUUCUACAGUGAUAGUGGUCCUAAAUAUUUCAGCUCCAUACAGCACUUCUGGAAUAUUUUUGACUAAAGAAGGAGAAAAUACCUUUGUUCUUUUUUAGUAAGGGCAAGGAAAUCUGACCUCAGUUGGGGCCCAUCUCUGCAUUGUUGUUUGGGUUUGGUUCCUGGUACUAGCUGUGAUUAUGUGUAUUUAUGUUCCAUUAAUUAGGAAAUUUUCUGACUCUGGUUGCACUGUGUUUUGAGGAUGGGAGGACAGUGGGGACGGAGUGGUGGCUUUAAGGAUAAUGAACAACUUGCCUUGUCUGGAGGGACGGCACCAUAGAACGGAAACAGCCAAGUUGGGACUCCUAAUGGAAACAGGGCAUGGCAACCCACCACUGCACCUCACAGAAAGAUUUCCAUAAAUGGAAGUUGGCAGUCUAGGGGAGAGGGGGAUGAGGAGAAACACACAAAAUGACAUGGGAAAAAAAAUAGUAUUACUAAAUUAUUGUGUGUACACAGAGGCAGCUCUGCCAGUGUUGGAUUUUUCUCAAAUGUUGCAAUACCAGUUUCAUGAACAGUUUGUGAGAUAAAUCAUCAGCAUUUACAAGGAUCUGCAGAAAAAGCACGUUCUAGUUUGUCAUUUGGAGAGAUUAAAUAUUUCUGCUUUCUGGAAAGA